AUGCAGGGUUACUCAUUCGCCCCUCCGUUGGGGCCUCCUCGAGAAGGCCAAAAAAACUAUGUGUUUGUUGAUGAACAUAACCGACACAAGAGACUGAAGGUGAUGCGAGCAUGCAAUGGCUGCCGGAAGCGAAAAAUCAAGUGUGAUGCUGCGACCACAAAUACAUGGCCCUGCUCGGCAUGCACGCGUCUGAAACUCGUCUGCGUCCCUCCCACUAUCGGCCAGGACGGUGAAUUCCUUGACGGUCCUGGUGGAGAGCCUGUCGAUAUGGGAGGCCCUUCCAGCGCCCCCGAAGCCUCUCAUCAUUCAUUCCCGGUACCUCCGACGUAUAGAGAUGGCAAUCAGCCGACGAUGACACCCUUAUCUUCUUAUGACUCAAUGGGCAUGUAUUCGCAAUUUGUUCAAGCACCGCCAAAUCAGCCCGCGAUGUAUAAUGACAUGCGGUCUUCUCCAAUGGUCAUGUCACACCAACCCUAUCAGCAACAACAUCAACCCCAAUUGUAUCCGGGGGCGCAGCACCCUUCGCUUGGUGCCGCGGACCGAGGAGUGUACGCUGAGAGCGAGCCAUCCACAGCCGAGAACCUGAGUGAUGUUCUUGGAGAAUUGAAGAUUGAUGAAACUGGAAUUGCUCCAUAUAUAAGGAGACAAAGAGCAGAUCGCGCCGAGCCCGAUGUACCGGUUCAAGAUGACGUAGAAGAAAAACUCCCGCCUCUCAGCACUGGCGCUGGCGCGUUGAUCCGAAUCCCACCCGAACUUAUGCCCGACGAAGACGACGUGAUGAACUACUUCAAAAUUUAUUUCGAUGAGAUCCAUCCGUACCUGCCCGUCAUACCACGUGCGCAUCUGUAUUAUCAAUGGCAGAAUGACCGUCGCUCCAUCUCUCCCCUCCUACUGGAAGCUUUGUUCGCAUGUGCAGGACGACUGUCUGAUGAGCCGGCCGAAGGUGCCCAAUGGCUUGCUUUGGCAAAUAGGCACGAAACCAAUUUCAUGGAUGUUCCGCGCUUAAGCACGAUCCAGGCACUGCUACUCUUAUUGAAAGCACGGGAGUCAUUGCCCAAGAAGGGCUAUUACUACCGGUCCUGGCAAACCGUCAAAACAAUCGUAUCGAUGGCCAAAGAUUUAGACAUACAUGAACAUUACAGCACUCACGCCGAAGGUAGACCCUGUGACCUGAGUCCGAUUGAAUGCCUGGUCCAUACUCGGGUUUGGCAGGCUAUCUUGGUAGUCGAGGUCAUGAUUGGUGCUCCUCAAGGUCGCUCGGACUACGGCGUUGACAUCGAAACUGUGGACAUGCGCCCUACCCUGGACAUCAGGGGCCUUGAUGCAUAUGAAUCGGAUCGUUCCAGGCAAUAUGCAUAUUUUGUUCGCAACGCGCGCCAUAUUCGAAUCAUCACAGACAUAUAUCACAAAAUCAAAAAGCAGAAAGACUGGGGAGCCAAUCCCCAGUUUGCGCAGAAGAAUCCGCUAUUUGCAGAUUGGCUUCGCAGCUUGCCGCCCGAUCUUCAGGUCAAUUACCCAACCGAUGGCUCUCCGCCAUGGAUUCCGUCUCACUUUGUAGGCAAUAUGCAUUCUCAUUGCCACUUGGCCAUUAUCUUGUUGCAUCGCCCGCAACUCGUGGCCUCCCAGUCCUUUGCGGCUGGGGGUGACUGGAAAAUACACUUUUCCCUGUGUUAUUCCUCAGCAAAAAGUAUCUGCCGUCUGCAGGAAGCCAUUCUUGAACGAUUCGGCCUUUCUGGCCUUCUUUAUAUGCAGCGUGGAAUCAACUUUGCCAUCUACUGUAUUCUCACUUGCACCAUGUUACACUUGAUUGCUAUCACAUCUCCAGAUCCCGAAUUCAACUCCGACGCGCGAGAGUUCUUCACGCGGCACAUGCGCAUACUGGAACGCUGCUCAACCGCCUGGCCUAUGCCGGAGAUCCAGGCCCAAAUCGACUCACUAAGGCUCGCAUUUUCCGCAGACACCCAUCGACCAUUUGAAUUGAAGCCAAGUUUUCCAUACGGAAGCCCGUCGGAGCCAUAUCAGCCCAGUCCUCCCAUGGACGCGCACUAUCAUCCGCAUCUAGGCAAUGUCCAAUCCAGAGUGGGUCUCAACGCACAUCCAAUCACCCCUCCGAUUUCCGCUGGUGCUGAAGACUCCAAGUCCGACACUUCCUCUCAGUUGCAGUCCUUAGGAAUGGUUCCUCAUCAACCGCCCACAACGCAUCCCCUUGACGCUCCCCUGGUGGACGAAAAUAGUUGGGACCCUACGCGCAUUAUCAAUCAAUGGGACAUGGCCUUCUCCGUCAACCCAUCAACCGUCAGCACAAACUCACCCCCCAAUGCCAAUGAACACCCCCCAACCACAACCAAUCGGAAACAUGGUGAAUCAACAUCAACAUCAGCAAUAUCCCAUGCAUCCGUCUCCGUUUCUCCUCCGCAAUUCCAGGCCCCGCCUGUCGUCUUUAGCGCCAGGGACUGGCAACAAAGUGUGGCCAGUGUAUUCGAUCCUCAGGGAUUGAAAAGGCGGUGGAAUUACUCUGUUGAUAUGAAUGCCGAUAAUAAUAUGGCUAAACGACAAAGAGGAUGA